GCCUUCUCCUUCUACCUCUUCCCUUUAAUUCUCUUUUUCUCUUUGCUUUCUUGGUCUCUGGUUUUCCCUUAGACUGAUUCUCCACCUUGUUUUUCUUAAAGAACCCAUCAACCUUUUAUAAAAGAAGCACAAAAAAAAAAGAAAUAGAAAUAUAAAAUAUAUAUUUAACCAUGGUUUUCUCAUCUCUUCCAGUCUACUUAGAUCCUCCCAAUUGGCAGCAGCAGCAUAAUGAUCAUCAACAAGGAACUGGCGGCAGUGAAAACCCUCAGCUUCCACCACCACCUCCUCAUGUUGGAGCUGGUGGUGGAACCAUAGCCAUUAGACCCAGCUCGAUGGCGGAUCGAGCCAGGCUAGCCAAGGUUCCACAACCAGAAGCAGCCCUCAAGUGUCCAAGGUGUGACUCCACCAACACCAAGUUCUGCUACUUCAACAACUACAGCCUCUCACAGCCACGCCACUUUUGCAAGGCGUGCCGGCGGUAUUGGACCAGAGGAGGUGCUCUUAGGAACGUUCCCGUCGGUGGAGGUUGCCGGAGAAACAAGAAAAACAAAAGCAGCACCAGCUCAAAAUCACCAGCUUCCACCCAGAAACAAGCUGAAGUAAUCACUGCUCAUAAUUUGCCACAGCAAACACCUCAUUUACCCUUCAUGGCUUCUCUGCAAAGCUUUUCUCAGUAUGGUUUGGGUAAUAUUGGGUUAAACUAUGGGGGUAGCGGGCAAGCUGAUAUUGGGUUCCCUUUGUUUGAACCAAGCAAUGGUUUAUAUCCAUUUGAAAGUGAGGGUAUUGAAGCGUCAUCAUCUUCCAUGGUGGGAGAAAGCCAACUCCUUGGCUCUAUGAUUUCAAGCUCUAGGGCUUCUCAGCUAGCUCCUCCAAUGAAAACUGAAAACAACAACAACAACAACAAAGGGCUAAAUCCAUCAAGGCCACAGUUGGGUAUUUCAGAGAAUAAUCAGUACUGGGGAGGAAAUAGCUGGACAGAUAUAUCAGCUAACCAUCUCUUGUAAGCUAUAGGUCCAGUCUUUCUUGAUAUCAUUCAACUUAAAGCUGAUGUUGAAGCUUUAAUGACAGAUAUUUGACAUAAAGUUGCAUUGAUCACCUUAACUACAUAACGGUUGUUGUAUUGAUGUUGAAGCUUAGAAUUUAGAGUGAGGAACUUGUCUCAUCAUCUAUGGAAAAAAACAAACAAAGAUUGCUAGAAUGGAUAUGUUUCAUACUAUGUAUUAUGGGGUUUUUUCUUUGGUGUUUUAUUUUGUUUCAUAAGCCUGUUGACAGAUUUGGUCAUGAUCUAUGUAUGUUUUGGCUAUGUGAAGUUUUGGGAUCUGUUAUCUGACAUGAUAAGCUAA